AUGCGUAAUAUUUUACUAUCAACUAUUUGGUUCCAUGUUCUGGAAGUGAUACCACGAUGUAAUGGAUGUUUAGCAACCAGUACGGUGACAACACCAAAAGCACCACUAAAAGUAACCACUUAUAACCCUCGAACACCAACAACAACUGUUGCACCAAAUGUUCAGUGUUUCCCGAUAGCCAGGCAGAAACGUGAUUUUCCCUCUUCAGCUUCCUCAGCUUCAGACAGUUUGUCAACAACAUGUUUGCCAACAGAUUAUCUGGAAACUGCGGUAGCUGAAAUGAAAGCGGGUUUGAUAAAAAGUGAUUCAUCCAAUUCCGAACGAAAGGUAGAGGAAAACGCACUUUUCCCUUUAGCCAUCUCGAAACAUCCAGCAAUCGCCAUCGAACAUCGUACAAUUAACGAUCAUAGUAACAACGGAGAGCUUUCAUCUUCUAAUCAUCCAGCCAAAAAAUUAUGUCAAGAUUUUGAAUGGGAUGGACCGAUUUAUCUCUAUAAUCAAUCAUUGGGAGUCAAAAUACCGUAUUGCUAUAAGUAUGUUGCAAGCAUUGACGAGGAAACGGAUGAGUUGACCAGGUUGACACAGAAAAGCGCACGUGAGAAAUGUCGUUCAUAUAGUGGUCAAAGUGAUGGACCAUCUGAUUUAGUAUCCAUUCAUUCUUCCGAUGAAAAUUAUGAUUUGCAAAGUACGCUAUCAUUUUUUGGCUGGGAAUCGGUAUGGAUCGGCCUUGCUUAUGACAAUGUACGUAGUACAUGGCGUUGGAUAGAUGGUACAACUCUGUCAUUUUCAAAGCUGUCACUUCGUGAUCCAUCCCAGCACUGCGCAAUACUACUGACCAAUGGUUCCUGGGUUUCAGAAGACUGUAAAAGCAGCGCUGUAUCACACUUUGUUUGUAAAAAACGAGCAAUUACAUAA